GAAUCCUCAGACCUGAGGAUUUCACUCUCUAACACUGACCAAAGGUGUUUUUCAAAGACUGUUCCUUUCUAAGAUGAAUUUGGGGGCCAUGAAUUUUGUUAAGAAGACAAGAGGAUUCCUUGCCUGAGUGUAGUGCCUGGGAUAUAGGUUCAACAGAAGUAUGUACCGAAACAGGAAGCGAGGCCACCUGGGAAGUGGAAGUCUCAGCCCAGCCCAGGGGAGUGAGCCCACAGACAGAAGAAGAGUGACUACUAAGAAGCAGAAAGGGACCUGGGCACUUGAUUUGGAAGAAGAGGACCCUGGUGACUCUGCCUCUUCCAGGGGGCUCAAGCCCCUGCCCAAGAGUCCAGUUGUAUCAUCUAGGGGGACAUCUAGGGCUGGCAGGAUCUUGCCAUCUCUCCCUUGGCCCUGCGGUUUGAGGCAGGAGCCUUCCAGACAAGGCCCAUGCACUAGGCCCACCAAUGCAGGUGUACCAAGCAGGACUCUUCUCUAAAAGGCCUUUGGCUUGGAGAAGAGCCUGGACCUAGCAGCUCCCAAGUUUUUACUCCUCUCAAAGUGCUACCCAGCUGCCUAUAGCACAUGGGUGCCUGUUGCAUUACAUCUGUAAAUAAAACUUCACACCCCGGUACUUAUCCUAGGCAGAGUCCUAGGCGUCGCACUCCUCGCCGAAACCUGCCUUCCUGGGAUGGGAGAAUUUGGAAACGCUCCCUGAGCCAGUCCAGGUGAGCUUCCUUCCAGCUGGGUCUCAGCCCCUGCCCUGGUGGUGCGGGGUCCCCAGAGAUCCGCGGGAGGUCCGGGCACGCCUAGUUGUGGGGAAAUUCGGCCCCGUCAGGCGGCCGCGCUCACAGGAGCAGCGUGACCCGGCGGCCCCGGGGGUGCUGGCACCAGGAGCCGACACUCGCCGUGCGCUCCCCCGCGCCUGGCUUCCCUGGACUGUCGCCAGCCCUACUCCUCCUGAGGUGGCGAGGGCGGGGCGGAACGCGGCCUCUUCUGGCCUGAGGAGGAGUCACUCGGGAGGUCACUCGGCUGCUGGGCUGGCUGCUGUCACAAGCGGGGCGUGCCCUGGCUCCGCUCGCCACUCUCCGGCGCGCACCCCGGCUCACGGCGCACACUCGCGCUCCCGGACUGAACCCUGAGCCGCCGCCGUAGCAGCCGAAUUUGGGAGUAUCUCCUUGUCACUGCAACCAGAAAGCCCCUCGAUCCCCCAUCAGAGAGGUCACAUGACCCCCGAGGUCACCUGCCCGUUGAGGGGCCACCUGCCUCGCUUCCACCCGAGGACCUGGGUUGAGCCCGUGGUGGCCUCGUCCCAGAUGGCUGCCUCCCUGUACGACGCGGGGCUACUCCUCGUGGUGAAGGCGUCCUAUGGAACCGGAGGCUCCUCCAACCACAGCGCCAGCCCGUCGCCCCGGGGGGCUCUAGAGGACCAACAGCAGAGAGCCAUCUCCAAUUUCUACAUCAUCUACAACCUCGUGGCGGGCCUGUCGCCCCUGCUGUUCGCCUACGGGCUGGGAUGGCUCAGCGACCGCUACCACCGCAAGAUCUCCAUCUGCAUGUCGCUGCUGGGCUUCCUGCUCUCCCGCCUCGGGCUGCUGCUCAAGGUGUUGCUGGACUGGCCAGUGGAGGUGCUGUACGGGGCGGCGGCGCUGAACGGGCUGUUCGGGGGCUUCUCCGCCUUCUGGUCCGGGGUCAUGGCGCUGGGAUCGCUGGGCUCCUCCGAGGGCCGCCGCUCCUUGCGCCUCAUCCUUAUUGACCUGAUCCUGGGCUUGGCGGGGUUCUGCGGGAGCAUGGCUUCCGGGCAUCUCUUCAAGCAGAUGGCUGGGCACUCUGGGCAGGGCCUGAUACUGACAGCCUGCAGCGUGAGCUGUGCCUCGUUUGCCCUGCUCUACAGCCUUUUGGUGCUAAAGGUCCCUGAGUCGGUGGCCAAACCCAGCCAGGAGCUCCCCACCGCGGAUACCGUGUCUGGCACAGUUGGCACGUACCGCACCCUGGAUCCUGAUCAGUUGGACAAACAGUGUGCAGUGGGUCACCCUCCAUCUCCUGGAAAAGCAAAACCCCAUAAAACCACCAUUGCCCUGCUCUUUGUGGGUGCUAUCAUAUAUGACCUGGCGGUGGUGGGCACAGUGGACAUAAUCCCUCUUUUUGUGCUGAGGGAGCCUCUCAGUUGGAACCAAGUGCAGGUGGGCUAUGGUAUGGCUUCAGGGUACACCAUCUUCAUCACCAGCUUCCUGGGUGUCCUGGUCUUCUCCCGCUGCUUCCGGGACACCACCAUGAUCAUGAUUGGGAUGGUGUCCUUUGGGUCAGGAGCCCUCCUCUUGGCUUUUGUGAAAGAGACAUACAUGUUCUAUAUUGGUGAGUCUGUCAUUCUUGGGGAGGCAGGACAUUGCUGAUCCUCUGCAUAAUGGGGCUGACACCAGGGAUGCCAUGGUCUGGGUGACCUAGCUCAGCACCAGGGAUUGAACCUGCUACCCAGGAGGCACAAGGGACACAAGAUUAUAUGCCCCUGAGUUUAUCUGUAAUAUAUUGUUAAUUAUCUAUAUUGAGAAUGAAAUGUUACCAGAGUGGUGUUCAUGGUUCUGGGCAGUCAAGGAGGUAUGGUCAGUGGUACCUGGAGUCAGUAGGGGAGGCUUCAGGAUGGCAGUCAACAGAGGAGAUGGAGUUGGGUUUCUUCCCCCAGCCCCCCUUCCCAUUUUAAAGGGAUGGAAUUUCAAAGGCGGAGCACAGAGGUCUGUAAUCCCAGCACUUUGGGCUGGAGGUGGGAGGAUCACUUGAGGCCAGGAGUUCAAGACCAGUGUAGCCAUUAUGGCAAAACCCCAUUUCUACCAAAAACAUAAAAAUUAGCCAGGUGUGGUGGUGUGCACUUGUAAUCCUAGCUACUCAGGAGGCUGAGGCACAAGAAUCACUUGAACCCAAGAGGCAGAGGCUGUAGUGAGCCAAGAUUGUGCCAUUGCACACUAGCCUGGGUGAUAGAGCAAGACUCUGUCUCAAAAACAAAACAAACAAACAAAAAAAGGUGGAUGGGUGGAAUUUCAAGUAAUUCUACUGAAAAGAUGCCUUAAUUAAAAUCAUUUGGAGUCAAGCAAGGGCUUUUUAAAAAUGCGUAAAAAUACUCGGUAAAUGCCUUCCACAGCCAGUGUAAUAAAUUCCCCAAGGAAGCAGCAUUAAGUUUCCAUCUGAGGACACAGGUAGACAACUAUAAGCAGAAAGCUCGAGAUGAAUGCUGCAAUAGAACUUUCUAGAAUGCUGGAAAUAGUUGCUAUCCAUUCUGUCCAAUACAGAAGCCACUGGCUCCAUGUAGCUAUUGAGCAGUUGAAAUGUAGCUAGUGCAACUAAAGAACAGAUUUUUAAAUUUUAUGUCAUUUUAUUUAAUUUAAAUAGUUAUAUGGGGCUAGUGGCUAUCGUAUCAGAAAAACAACUUGAGACAGUUAUCUGAGGCUGGCUCUUGACCCAGGCAGGUCACACAUCUUAGAAACACCUAACAAAAUGGCAAGCUAACCUCUGGUCAGUUCUCAAUUAAACAGCAUAGGACAGAGUAUCCCCUUUCCCUUUUGCCCACCACGUCUCUCUCUCUGUCUCUCUUUGUGUUUUUGUUUUGUUUUGUUUUGUUUUGUUUUUGAGAUGGAGUUUCAUUCUUGUGCCCAGGUUGGAGUACGAUGG